UUUUAAAUAAACUUAUAAAUAUGAACCAAAAAUUAAUUUGGGAAAUAAAUUUAAAAAAAUACAUUUCACAAAUCUUCGAUUUAUCGAUACUAUCGCCUAGCUCAAAUGUAAACAAAUAAAAAUGUGGGAAAUUGCAGCGCAACUCUUAGCCGUCGGCCUACUUUGGGGCGUCACCAAUCCAUUUAUUCGCCUCGGCAGCCAGGGCAUCGAGUCGGUCAAAGAUACGGGCUCCAAGUGGAGAAACUUCCUUCAAGAAGCCCGCACCAUUGGCUCUCGGUGGCGCUACUGGAUACCGUUCGGCCUGAAUCAGUGCGGGAGUGCCCUGUACGUAUGGACGCUGCAGAGUGCCAGCAUCACAGUGGCCGUGCCAGUGGCCAAUUCCCUUAGUUUCGCCUUCACUGCGAUAACCGGAUAUGCGCUGGGCGAGAAGCUGCCCGGAAAGAAAGUCAUCCUGGGCACCUUGCUCAUCUGCUGCGGCAGCAUUCUCAUGAUCUAUGACAAGGUGCUGCAGGAAGAGGAUAACCAGCCACAAAAUAUAACAUUCCAAUGAACUUACCCUAAACCAAAAA